CGAAUAUUGUAAGUCGUUAAAUUCUUCUGUAUUAAAUUUGAAGAAAGUGCAAAAUAUUCUUUAAAUACACAAUACCACAGGACUCCUAUAUUUCUUGUGGAGUCUAUGUCUAGUGGGUCACUGCAGCACUGACAGCAUAUUAGGCAGGUGGCCUUAAUGUAUAUGCUCACCAUUAUGGAAUGCAGAAACCUGUGACUGACCUGCAAGUAAUGAUUGGUGUUUUACUGUGAUGGAUCCAAGGGCAACAGCAGUGGUUGUUAGUGCUGUGCCUCCAUAUGGACAUGUCAUCAUCAAUGCCAAGUGGAGGGGUUCUCAGUUAGUGCAACAUUUUAAAGGGAGUGUAAAAACUAUCUUUGAGGAAGAACUUGGUGUUGUAGACCUCCACCUCAGUAACAAAACUUGUGUCCUGUAUGUAUCGGAAAGUGACUUGGUGGCGGGAAAUGACUACAAAAGGAAAAUUGUUCGAUUCAGAAACGCCAACAGUAAGUUCAGUGGAAUAGUUAUUGUGGAGAGGACUUGUCUCAGUGAGCAGUACUUCAGUGGGCUGCAGAAGUUUGUGGUUUUGGAGCUGGGACUAACCCUGCUUGCUGUUGGUAAUCCUGCUGAAGCAGCCCAGCUCAUAACACAAAUGGUGCAUGGAGAGAGUAAGGAGAACCCAUUCCGCAGAAAAAGUACAACCAGGCUGUUGGACCCAGUGGUAUUGAACCUCGUACAGCAGAUUCCUGGGGUUGGCAAAGUAAAGACCAUGGCCCUGCUCCAGCACUUUUCCAGCAUCCAUCAAAUCAGUAAUGCUUCAGUACCGGAACUAGAGACUGUCGUAGGACAGGCCACAGCUCAGCAAAUCUGGACUUUUUUUCACAAUAUGCUCAGCUGACAUUGCACAAAACCUUUAAAAAGAACAUAUAUGCCACAUGAAGAUGUUGAUUAACAGCAUAACCCUCCUAACCUAAACUCAAUGGAAUGGAUUUUGUUGUUGUGUAAAACUAUGGUGACAGAAAAGAGGUGGAGUAUCUUGGCUAAAAAAAAAAGGAAAAUUAAAUGUUUGUAAAAACCAUUUCACUAGAUUUUUCCCCUGCACACUGUCAGUGGGUAAUGUGCUUUUUAUUCUCUAUUUUGUAGUUUACUGAUACUGACAUUUUUAAUGCUGUUUAAGCGCAGAAGAGUUUUGCACUGUCAGGGUUGGUGGUCAAUAUGGAGGGUGUUGCACAGCACCUGGUUUCUGGGUUUAAUCAUCCACAUGGGUUUCCCUGUGUGCUUUGAUUUUUCUCAUGUUUCCAACUGGCAUAUAGGACUCAUGGAUCAGGAUAACGUGGUUACUGAGAACAAAUAAAAAGAAACUAGCUAACAACCAAUGGUAGAUAUAUUACAAACCUACACUACAAACGUUUGAACGUUUUGUAAAAUGCAAUAAAAAGAAGA